UUCGCCUCCCGCUCCUCUCCCAGCGCCGACCAGCGCGAGCCAGACAAGGGCAAGCGGGGGCUCGUCCGAGACCCCAGAGGAUCGCGAGCGGGCGCGCGCCGCGGCGGAGCGCCCCCCUUCCCGGAGGUCCCCGCGCGGCUCCCUGGUGAAUCUACUCCUUGGCUGACAUUGGAAUUCUUCUGUACUUAAAUUUUUUUCUUAAAAAAAAAACUUGGACGGAUAAAAGAUGUGCCAUGGCAGGAUAGCACCAAAGAGCAGCUCAGCAUUUGCCGUGGCCUCUGUGGGACAUGGAGUGUUCCUUCCACUGCUAAUCCUUAGUACCCUGCUUGGAGACGGACUUGCCUCUGUGUGUCCCUUGCCUCCAGAGCCAGAGAAUGGUGGCUACAUCUGUCAUCCUCAACCCUGCAGAGACCCCCUGACAGCGGGCAGUGUCAUUGAGUACCUGUGUGCAGAAGGCUACAUGUUAAAAGGCGACUACAAAUACUUGACCUGUAAGGAUGGCGAGUGGAAGCCAGCCAUGGAGAUUAGCUGCCACCUCAAUGAGGACAAAGAAACCCACACAUCACUCGGAGUCCCUGCACUGUCCAUAGUGGCUUCCACUGCCAGCUCUGUGGCACUCAUUCUCCUCCUCGUGGUGCUGUUUGUGCUGCUGCAGCCAAAGCUGAAGUCUUUCCAUCAUAGCAGGCGUGACCAGGGGGUAUCUGGGGACCAGGUCUCCAUCAUGGUAGAUGGCGUUCAAGUUGCAUUACCUUCAUAUGAAGAGGCUGUGUAUGGCAGUUCUGGUCACUGUAUGCCACCUGCUGACCCCAGAGUGCAGAUCGUGCUGUCAGAAGGAUCUGGGCCCAGUGGGAGGAACCUGCCGAGAGACCAGCAGCUACAAGUCCAAGGGGCCUGCUCCUCUGCCAGUAUGGAGGAUGAGACUCCUGGCCAGUCAGGACUGUGUGAAGCCUGGGGCUCCCGGGGCUCAGAAGCUGUGAUGGUGCAUCAGGCAACCACCUCUUCCUGGGUGGCCGGAUCAGGGAGCAGCCGACUCGCACACAAAGACACUGCAGACUCUGAGAACAGUGACAUACAAAGCCUUUUAUCCCUCACAUCGGAGGAGUACACAGACGAUAUUCCACUAUUGAAGGAAGCAUGAGGCUACUGCUGGCCUCUCUCCUGUUUGUGAGGAUCCUCUCUGCCCUUCUUCCUUCUCCCUGUGGGUUGGAGCACCUUCUCCACUCCAGUCACCCCACCAGGAUACCUAAGCUGCCAUCUGUAUCUGUCUGAGGGCCUGCAGGCCACCUUGCUGGAAACUCAAGGAAGAUCCUUGCUAUCUGCCUGCUAGACAGCUAGAGAAGCUGGCUGUUUGCCUGGCCCAGCCUUCCCAUCUGUUGGGGACAUAUUUGAAUGUGCUGGAUCGAACCUUCCCUUCCCCUGAGCCUCUGGGUCCCUUCCAGCUAGCUCUCUCUGGCGGCAGCCCCCAUAGCUGUGUGGGCCUGAGUGCUGCUGUGUUUACUUGUGCCUUUCCCCACCCUGUUCAGUUUCCCUAUCAUGCAGGUGUGUUGCUGUCUACAGGCCUUAGUGGCUCCUGGCCACCUGCAUACAGGUUGGACCUGGGGCUGGCAUUGCUGCCCCUUGCAGAAGCAGAUCCAAGAAUGAGAGGUCUUAAAUGGCUCUCAUUAGGUUCAGGAGUAUGACUCCCUGGGCUUUCCCUGUACUGACUCCAGUCAGCAUAUUUCUUUGACUAAGGAUAGUGGAUUUGAAAAAUUAUGCCAAAGCUAUCCCAGCACCCAGAUGUCCAGCUCAGGUGCGGGCUCCUGGCUUGAUUUGUGUUGAGAAUUUCCAGGAAGCAUCCAGAAGAUCUCAAGGGAGAGAAAGAUGUCUGAUAUCUGUCUUCCUAAUAUGCAAGUCCUCACUUCCUGCUUCUAGU